GGAUAACACUUUGUGGUAAUAACAACGAAAGGCACAGUAUACGUGUGACCUCCGGAGCAUAUGACCCUUUGUCUUAUCCCCUAUUCUAUCCAAGGGGAGAACUAGGUUGGCAUCCGAAGCUACCUAAACGUAAUGUUCCUUUGGAGGUUGUACUAAAUCCUCAACUGGUCCAUGAUGAUGAUGAGGAUGCAGAGGGCAACAGCAGGUUGUGCGUCUCUGUCAGAGACUACUACUGUUACAUGCUGCAGACACGGCCUGCGAUCUUUAAUCCCAUACUCUGUGGAGCACGCCUCUUGCAGCAAUGGGCCGUCGACAUGUACGUCAAGAUUGAAAGUUGUCGGUUAAGGUGGUACAAGAAGAACCAGACACAGAUUCGUGCCGACUUGUAUAAAGGAGUUGUUGAUGCGAUCACAUCGGGGGAGACACGAGCAAGCGCUGUUGGGGUAAGAAUAGUUCUCCCUGGAACAUACCCUGGUGGCGACCGCGACAUGAAGAAGAGGCAUAUGGAUGCCAUGGCAAUUGUACAUACAUACGGGAAGCCUGACAUCUUCUUGACCAUGACUUGCAAUCCAAAAUGGGAAGAGAUAACGAAUGAGUUGCUGCCUGGUCAGACGGCGCAAGACUGACCUGAUAUUGUGGCUCGCGUGUUCUUUGGCAAACUAGAGUCUAUGAAGGACAUGUUGUUCAAGAAGCACAUCCUGGGUGUUGUCGUCGCAUAUGUAUAUGUUGUCGAGUUUCAAAAAAGGGGCCUCCCACACGCACAUUUUCUGUUGAUCAUGGACUCAACAUAUAAGCUUAUCGUCCCCGAGCAGUAUGA